CGUCGAGAAAGAAGAGCGCAAAUUUUACACCAACAGUCCGAACAAGUCGUUUUAAAACCGAGAAACAUGACGAAACUAUUCGAAUGGUUCAUGGCCGCGGCCUGCUUUCUCAGUGUGUACUUUGCAAUAGUUCUGCGGCAAGUGAAGCACGACCUGUUGGAUCAGUACAUGUUUGAAAUUAAGCUUUCUCCCUUGUUCUUGGUGAUGGUGUUUGGGAUGUACUCCGCAACCGUCGUGCUGUAUCGGACAUUCACGUUCAACAAUUGCGAGGACGCUGCGAAGGAACUGAUGGAACAAAUUAAGGAAGCCAAGUCCGAUCUGCGAAGCAAAGGUCUCGUGCUGAGUGAUUAACGUGAUAAGCGUGAGAUGUGUUAGGUUUGCUUGUAAAUAAAAUGUUUUAUUCGAUGAAAAGUUAUCACUAAGCCAGAAUGCAAACAGAACAUUGAUUCAUAGAUUUGAUUCAUCAAUGAGGAAUGCAUUUCAUAAAAGAUAUGUUGAUUGAUCUAUGAAUGAAUAACUUGAACGAUCUUAAAUCAAUCCUAAAACAUUUAAAGUCAAAUCGAUCAUAACCUCGCAUGUCGUAUUGAAAAAUAAUCUUGAAUGCCACCGACGU